AGUGCCUUUCGCUCGCCAAUUCGCGUUGCGAUGGACCCAUCAUAUGCCUCGGCCUCGGCCGUACACAUACCUCAUCCUGAUGAUGUCACGUCGGAGCAGAAUGAUCAUCAUCGACAAGCUCCGGUGACGCCCAGUCAAUCGGUUCGUGUUGGUGUAGAUGUUGGAGUGCGACCAAGCACCGAAUCCCACAUCGACAUCGCCAAUAUGUUCCCUCCUGCCGGCGAGGAUGAUGCCAUCAUCCCCGACGCCGCUCCCAAUUCUGAGGCCGCUCAAACGACCCCGGGAAUGAACGUACGCCAUCAUCCGUCCAUCCCCUUCCCGGUCCGGGCGGCAGUUGGUCUCACUACCCCUCCUCAUCUCCACUCCGCAGGAGCUCGUAGUCAGCAAGAUGCCCUCAGUCAAGGACAGGCCAUCGUCACCUGCCGGAAGAAGGUCUAUCAAGCGGAGAUAUUGUUGUAUCCCGGAAAGAAGGUCCGAGGCCCCAAACGUCAAUCACAGAUUGAGGCCGAACAAGACAAGUUCACAUUAGAGAGAGCCAAAAUGGAGGGAAACAUUGAAGAGGUUCUCGUCGGCUGGGAUCUGCACUCACAACUUCUGCCUAAAGGAGUUUAUUAUCAUAAACGCAAGAAGGCCUAUAUUGCCAGUAUCAACAUAUCGGCGGCCAAUCGUCAACCAGGGCCAUUGGCUGCAGCAGCGAGGCACCGAGAGCUAGCCCAAGCCUUGUCGGCUACACGAGGGGAGUUCAACGGUCAUAUGCCGCCGGCUCCGGUCCUUCCACCUGGCACAGUGGUACCCCCUAAACCCACUACGGCCAAGAUAGAUGGCCCUGCCAGGCAGACUCUUGCUGAAGCUAUCUCAGAUAGGGCCAAGAUGGAGUCCGCGUCCUCUGAGGAAGACCUAAUGAGAAUCGUUCACGAGCUUCGUGGUCCAAAGGCUCGGAGCACCAAACGGAAGUCGUUGAAUCCUGAUGAGAAACUUCCCGCGGGAGUGUAUUUCAAGCCGGAGUCUAACUGCUAUCAAGCGCAAGUGUCGGUGAACCGACGCAACAUUCGAGGGCCACCAAGACAAACGCUGGAGGAGGCUAUUAGUGACCGCCAGAGGCUCCUAGUCGCGAAAGCCCAAGGUCGAGCUGAGGAGGAGGUCGUGCUCCUCAAGGUUGACUAUCAGAGAACGCUGGCCUUGGAGGAUGUGUUGGCGGUCUCAUGCCGGGAGAACGUUCAGCUGGGGACCGGAGGGCUAGAGGAAGGCCGAAGGGAUCAGUAUCGGGAGCCACUCGAUUUGCAUUACAAUCGAUGCCGCCUGGUGGUAUGAUGCUUCCGGCACCACCUCCUGGGAUGUUCCCAUCGGCUGCUGAGGGUGGACCCCCUUUCAAUCUGCCGCUAUUCUUCGCUGCUCAGGCGGCUCAACAGGGUGCAACUCCUGAGGCUGAGAUGCCCCAUCCGGACUACUCUACGGGCACGGCUGAGCAGAUCCUCCUGUUGAAUCAAUACAUCCAACAGGCUGCUGGUGUUCUGGCCGAAGAUAACAAUGUCCCUGCUGAGCCAUCAGGUGAAGGCCCCACCGUCCCCCACGUGGCCUCUGAAGAUCGGUCGUCGGCUGAGGCUGUCGUCCCAUCAGCGCAUCCGUCGGAACCUUCCGCUGUGCCACCGUCUCCUACGGAUACUGCAAGUGAUGUGGUCCAAGCUAUGCUCGCUGCCUCGGGGAUGCUAGAUGCUGCUAAUGCUGCAGCCGCCGCAGCUGGUGUGGACACUGGCAAUGGACGUGAAGCGAGAAAUGGAUCGAUGCCCAACACUGAUUCCAAUGGUGCCGAUGGAGACCCUGAACGGCCCCACAAGAUGCAAAGGGCCUCCUAGUUGACAUUUUGAUUCAUUUGGAAUUGAUUUUUUGCGGUUGCCGUUCCGUAUAACAUCAUAUUCUAUGGAAGUAAUUAUGGCAAUCGUGCCUACGUGAAGUUAGCGAUAUUAUCAGUAUUAUUGAGCUGUAGAUGACGACUAUAACCGCCUCGGAUGAUGAUGCUCUCCUUGAUGGUGGUCGUAGUCAAGUUCAUCACUUCUUGCCGCCGUGCGGUAUUCAAAGCUGUCGGGA